AUGAGUGAUAUCCUAGAGCACAUAAGAUUGUUCUUUUUUUGUCACCUGUACAAUUUAUGUUACUUCUGUAAGAUUUAUGUAAAUAGUGCCCCGCUUCAUGAUAUGAACCGAGAGAAAAAUGUUUUAUUGGAUAAGAAGAAAGAUAGAUCUUCUCUUCAGAAUGUUUUAACGGAUGACUUAUUCAAGAUGAAAUACUCUCCUCUGGAUGUGUUAAAAUGUUUGAAAAAUAUUGAAAUUGAACAUAUUAUGAAAUGCUUUAAGUUGGUUGAUAUUUCGUUUAUUGAAUCACAUAUUAUGUUUAAUAUGUGUAUAGCUGAAAUGCUUAUCUCUUAUUAUGAGAAUAGAGAAAGCAUGUAUAAUUAUGUUAUGGAAGAGAAAGGGGUACUAAGAAUUUUUGUAUUAAAAUUAAAUUAUAUAUUAUCCGUCUUAAAUUUUGUAAACCAACUAAAAAAUACAUAUGCUGAUAUAAUAAAAAAUGGUUUUCAAAAAAACAUACAUUACCAAUAUGUAUGUACAAAUAGACAUAUUAUUAUACAAAAUAUUAAAAAGUAUAUAAAUAGGUCAACACCAAAUUUACUUUUAUUAAAUUCGUUGUUACCACAUCUAAAUUAUUUAUAUAUACAAAAUUGUAUUCAAAGUAGUAUUACAUGGAAUACCUAUUUGAAGCAUACUUUGAAAUCAUUAAAUUUUUUACAUAUUCCACAUUAUGAUUUUCUCUUCGAUGGAUACAGAAGACGUUCCUUAUCCUUAACAUAUGGAAGAAAUCAUCAUUCAAAAAACAAACAUGAAGUAUAUAAUAAUAGAAUGAUUAAUACAAGUAGUUAUAGUAGUUUAAUCUGUUUUAAUCAAAGAAAUUACAAUUUUGUGAGAAAUGAAAUCGAAUGCUUGUGUGGUUACACAAAUACAUAUCCUCUUAGAAAAACGUUUACUCGUUCUUUUGGAUGUCCAUAUAAUAAACCACAUAAAAGUCCGAUUGAAAGACGCAAACAAAUCAUUUCUCAAAGAAUGGCAGAAUUAAAAAAAAUAGAAAAUCCAUAUAUUUCUACUCUUUGUGAUUUAAUAUAUUCCGAAGAAACAACAAACGAGUUUAAAUAUAAGGAUUGUGCUCUUGAAGACAUAUCAAAAUUUGAUAUUAAAAAUUCUGCUAACCGAUCUUUUGAAGAUCCUUAUACACAUAUUCAUAAUAAUAUCUUGGGGAAUGAAAAUAUAUUCGAAUAUAUGAAAAUCACUGAUGAUGAUAUUCCUCAAGAAAAACAUAAAUUUUAUAUCUCCAAAAAAAAAUUGAGAAAAAAUAAAUUUUUCUCAAAAUUCCUUUCCAAAAAAAAUAGAAAAAUAUUUAAAAAAAAACUCUCUUUCUAUUUAAAUAACUUUUAUAAUAAAUUUCAAAAAAAAACUAAAAAUUUAUUUAUAAUAUUUAAAAAAAAAUUUAAAAACCUUAAUUCAUUUAUUUCUUCCAAAAAACAAAAAAAAUGCAUCAAACUUAAAAAAAUUCAAAAAAACCAAAAAAAACUUAAAAACCAAAAAAACCAAAAAAAUUUUAAAAGAAAAAAUAAUCAAAAAAUUCUAAACAAACAAGAAUUAAACAAAAUAAAUGAUUUUAAUCUUAAUCUAUUUCAAAAAAAAAAAUGUGUAACACACAAUAUACAAAAAAAUAGAAUAAAUCUAAAUAAAAAAAAAUAUAGAAGAAACAGAUAUAUACAAGCAACAAAAAGAGAUCAUCUUAAAGCACAAUAUGCUCCAUUAAUUCCCAUAUUUUCCAAAAAUUAUGACAAAAUAUAUACAUAUUUAUGUGUUCAUUUGGAGCAAGACAAUGAUCGUAAAGAUCUAUGUAUUAUUAGAGAUCCAGCACAUGCGGAAGACAAGAACAAGAAUGAUCACAUGUUGAUGGAUACAAAUGCUGAUUGUGAUAAAAAACAAAAAAAGGAGGAAGAAAAAGAAGAGGAAAAGGGUGAUAUAAAGAAUGGUUUGGAUGAAAAUAAUAAUAAGGUUAACGUGCCUGAAGGUGAAAAAGAUGAUGAUGAAGAAGAUGAUGAAGAAGAAGAUGAUGAAGAAGAUGAUGAUGAAGAAGAUGAUGAAGAAGAAGAUGAUGGUGAAGAUGAUGAUGAAGAAGAUGAUGGUGACGAUGAUGUGAAUGGAGAUAAUGAAAAAAAAGACAAAAAAGACAAAAAUGACAAAAAUGACAAAAAUGGAAAAAAUGGAAAAAAUGGAAAAAAUGAAAAAAAUGAUGGAAAAAAUGAUGGAAAUAAUAACAGCCAUAAUUCUCAUAAGUAUAACAAGAGAAAAAAUAAAAAAUAUAAAAAAAAUAAUAUCUCCUCUUUUGAACAGAUGCUUGGAAAUGUAUCUGAUAAUCAUUAUCCUUCAUCUAAUAAAAACAAUAAACAUGGAUGCACAUAUAUGCUUUACAUAAUUGCUAUGUAUCUUCUUUUUCAAAUGAAUAUAAUUUACAAUAUAUAUAAGAAAAAAUUAAUGAAUGAGGAUGAGAAAAAUAUUAAAACACAAUUAAAUAAUAUUGGGAAACAUAAGGACUAUUAUUAUUUCUCAAACAAAUAUAAUAAUAUAUUUUAUUCUUCCUUAUAUGCAUGUUGUAGAAAAUUGUAUGCAUUAUAUGAACAAACAUUUCCAUCUUUUCUCACAUUACCAAAUGAAUAUAAAUAUGAUAAUGAAAAGAUUAAUAAUAAAAGAAAAGAUAUAUUAUGCUUAAAAAAUAAUAAUUAUCAAUUGGCAUUCUAUUAUGAAUUUAUGAUGACUUAUCUUAAGGAAUCCAGUGGUAUCAUAGGUAGGUAUUUAUAUAUUCAAUUCGUUUUGUUUCAUAAGAACAAGAUAAUUGUGUUUAUUAUAUUUUUUUUCCAACAAGUAGAAUAUAUGACUAACGAACAAAAGAAUAUACUUAAAAUUAUUAUUUACAUAGAAAAUAAAGUCUAUGAUAUGAAUUAUGAAAAAAAAAAUAAAGGUGGUUAUUAUAUUUCCUUAGCUCACUUUGAAUUUUUCUUCUUAGCUAGAGAAUUAAUAUAUUCAAAAAAUUCGACCACAUAUGAAUAUGGUACAAAAUGUAAUUCUAAUAAUUGUGUUGGUAAUGAUAAUAAAAAUAAUGAUGGUAAUAAUAAUGGAAACAAUCAAAAUAAUGGAGGUAAUAAUAAAAAAUAUAAUGAUGGUAAUAAUAAUGGAAAUAAUCAAAAUAAUGGGGGUAAUAAUAAAAAAUAUAAUGAUGGUAAUAAUAAUGGAAACAAUCAAAAUAAUGGAGGUAAUGGUUAUGAUAGUGGCGAUAGUAAUAAUAGUGAUAAGAAGGGUUCUAGUAAGAAGAAUGAUAAAAAGGAUGAAAAAAGGAAUGAAAUACUCAAUAUGUUUCUUGAUUGUCUUGAAGAUGAACCAGCAGAUGAUGUUGAACUCUUUUUGUCUGUUAUGGGUAAUAUGAAUGAAUUAGAGAAAAAAGCUCACGAGGAAAAUAAGGAUAUUAUUGAAGAAUAUUUUAAUGCUUUACACAAAAAUAAUGAUACAACAGAUGUUGUAAUGAAUACUGAAGAAAAUAUAGCAGAUGCAUAUAUGGUGGAUCCAAAUAAUGCGCCUAUAAAUAAAGGGGCGAAACACAAGUUAUGUUUUGAUGAAUAUGAUAAGGAAAUUAUGCUACCAUAUAAAACUUCUAAAACAAAUUUAACAUUACCCAAGGAAACAGAUACGUCUGAUAUUACAGAUUUUUCCUCUCAAAUAACACAAAGUACCAUACAAGAUAAUCCAAAUGACCAAACAGAUGAAGAUUCAUAUUUUCAAUAUUUGCUAGGAGAUAAUAAUUUAGAUCCUAAGGCAAAAAAAGAAUUAGGUAAUAUGCAUAGUAUGUAUCGCUCUAUUUUAAGGGGAGGAUGUCCUUCCACGUCUUCUUCUAGUGAUAUUGUCGAAUCAAACACUGAAUCUUCUUCAACAUCUAUGCAAUAUCAAAGAUAUAGAACAACACAACCUAGUGUACCUAAUGAAGAAGAUAAGAAUAAAGAAGCAAAUUCUGAAAACAAUCAAGCACAAACUAAUAUAAAUAAUACAUCUCAAUCAUUAGAAAAUAUAAAAAAAACUUACGAUUUUAUUUUAAAAAAGGUACUUAUAGUAAAAAAUGUUUGGGAAAAUAAUACAAUAACGUCGGUUGAUUUUGUAAGAUAUGCAUCACAAAAAAGUUUACUUAUGAGAAAUCUAAAUAAAUUGAGACUAAUGAAUUAUAAAAACAUAAAUGCAAAUAUAAUUGACCUCUUUUCUGUUCUAUAUACUCAUAAAUAUAUAUGUACUAACGAAGAUGAUGGCAUGGUAUAUAGCUACAAGGAAAAAAAAAACAUUCCAUACAUAUCCAAUAGUACUCAAAUAAAUAAUGAACAAAUUAACGAGAAAUCUAUUUCCAAUAUUGAAGAUAAUAAUAACUCUAUAAACAGAAAAGAUAAUGAAAAGGAAGAAACGAACCAAUCCAUUACUCUUGAAGAAACCGAUGAUAUUAACGAUCAAAGAUUUCAUCUCACAAACGAAAGAGUAGAACCAAUUAUACAAGAAAAUGAUGGAACAUUUUGUUUUAAAAAAGAUCCAUCAUUUAUUCCAGUUCUCUAUAUUUAUCAUAAUGAUGAUGAAUUUCGUUUUACAUUUGUUAGAACUCCUAUAGAGGACGAAAUACAGAAAAGUAAACUUCUUUCACAAAAAAAUCUUCAUUUUAUAAAUACUAGAGCUAUACAAGAAAGUAAUGUUAACCCAGGCACUAGUAAUUUAGAAACCAUACCUUAUGAUUAUGAGGAACUUAAAAGGUGUUAUGAGGCAAUAUAUGGAAAACAUGAAAAUGCACUAUAUAGACGACAUGUUAAUGAAGAUAUACCCCUGUUGUUACCACAACCAUUAAAUAUAGAAAAUACACAUGAAAUAAAUCACAAUGAUCUUUUACAAAAUCAAACACAAAUGAAUAAUACGGGAGAUGAAUGGUUGAUUCGUAAUAUGUUUCAUGAUUUUCCUAGAAAUGCUAAUUCUCAAACUGAUGGAAAUGUUAAAAGAGAGGUAGAAGAAAAUGUACAACAGAAUGUUGAACAGAAUGUACAACAAAACGUACAACAAAACGUACAACAAAACGUAGAACACAAUGUAGUACACAAUGUAGUACACAAUGUAGUACACAAUGUUGAACAAUCUAGUGAAACAUAUAAUACAGAAUAUAAUAUACAACCUUCUCAACAAUAUAACAUAGAACAACAUGAACAAUAUACUCAGGAAGAAUAUCCAACACAUAUAACACAACAGGAUCAAUCACACAGUACACAUCCCUAUUCACAAUAUAAUGUAGAAGACAAUCAAGAAACUAGUAUAGAUCGUAAUCCACAAUAUGGUGCAGAUUCUCAUACACAAAGGAAGAUUAUGGGUUCUACAGAAUAUGGUGAUUAUGAUAAUGAAUAUAAGGAUAAUCUGAGUGAUUUAACUGAACAAAUGGAAGAGUUUCAACCAAAUGAAGAGAAUACACAAAAUGUACAAAAUAAUGGGGAUUAUAUUUAUUCACUUAUUAAUGAAGGAUAUAAUAUUGAAGGACUUUAUAAUGAUGAAUAUUAUACCGAAUCGUAUUCUGCAGAUAAUAAUUCUGUAGAGAACAAUCUACGACAACCACAAUAUCAAUAUGCUCAGGGCAGUGGAAAUACUUUUUAUAAUUCAGAUCGUUCAUUUGGUGAAAAUUCUGUAGGUUCAUCUGCUUAUGAAAAUAAUGACUAUGCAACAACUAGCUUAUAUUUAAAUAGGUCCCAGAUUUAUUUACUAGAAAACAUGUUAUUAUUAUUAGACGACAUAUAUCGACAGGGAGUAAAUCAUGAACUCAUAAGAUUUAUUACUAAGGAAUAUCUUGAUUAUUAUAUUCGAAGUUUUAAUACGUUUAACAGAUUUGCUCAAAAUAAUGAAAUGAAUGAUAACAUAAAUAAUGUUGGCUUGAGAAAUAUAUAUAAUAAUAGAAAUGAUACUGAACAGAAUAAUGCAACGAAUAAUGGAAAUUAUGUUCGUAUGAGAGAUUUAUAUAAGCCCAAUAUCAACACUCUUGUUCAAAGGUUUUAUACAACAGUGUUUGAUCAAAAUAAUAGAACAUAUAAUAAUAGGAAUAAUGACAAUAUGGAAAAUAAUAGUGUACAAAAUAAUGAUUCACAGGAUAAUGAUUCACAGGAUAAUGAUUCACAGAGUAAUGAUUCACAGAGUAAUGAUUCACAGAGUAAUGAUUCACAGAAUAAUGAUUCACAAUAUAACAAUAGAAAAUACGACAAUAAUUUGCUUAAUCUUAUGAGAAAUGUUAUAUGGAAUAGAGAUACAAGUAAUAACCGUGAGAGUUCAUGA